AUGCCGUCGUUACCGCCGCAACUGCCGGUGGUGGCGGCACCACGAAGACGUCGACCCAAGAAAGAAACACGGACGGUCCACGUGUCGGUGUUCAAUUACACGCCGGAGAGGGACUGGGCGGAUCUGCACCCGGACCUAAUCUCCCGUGUCUUCCACAAGCUGAACCUGGUCGAGCUCCUGGCUGGUGGAGUGGCCCGCGUGUGCAGCUCCUGGCGGCGGGCAGCCCGGGAAGACCCGGAGCUGUGGCGUCGCAUGCGCAUCAACCUGCACCGCGGGCUGUGGUUCCGCUACGACCUCAAGUUCGUCCUCGUAGCCAUGGUGCGGGACGCCGCCCUGCGGUUCAGCAAGGGCCAGUGCAAAACCUUCUGUUGA